AAACCAAAAGAGGAGGGUUCAGAGCUCACUGCGGCGUCUUUUAGAGCGACCGAUAGGCGGUUCUAAUUUAUUCUCAAACAUAUAACAUAGUGAGGUAUACCUCGGGUAUUAGUCUUUUCUAAAGCCCCAGGAGACGAAAGUGUAGUUCGAAGUGUCUUGAAGAAAAGGUCGAAGAGAAGAUAGAAAAUGGACGACAACUGCGAUGCUAAGAUGGCGACGUCUGGUAAAAGACAACACGAAAAAGAAUCCGCGCCGUCGACUAAAAGCAAGUCAACGGAGAAAAAGAGGGAAACUGCAGAAAAAGACGUCCAUCAAGAAGAACAUUCCCCUCAGACGCAAGGGAUCUCCACUUUGAAGCAGGAGAGUAACCAUUUCCUCCACGUUAACGAGGUAAAGAAAGAACCCUGCGUCACUCAGGGUGAGUGUCUUCUCGGGCCGAAGGAGGCCGAUGCCAACGAGUUGCCACUGACUGUUGACACUGUGAAGACUGAAGACCAUAAAGACAAACCACAAGACCAGCAGCUGAUUGGUCAUCAAGAAGAACAUUCCCCUCAGCCGCAAGGGGGGAUCUCCACCCUAAAGCAGGCGAAUCCGCAUUUCCUCCACGUAAAAAAGGAAGAGGAGGAACUGCGGAUCAUGCCGGAGAGAAAAUAUCGUCUACGGUCGGAGGAGGCUGAUCCCGCCAAGUUGCCACUGACUGUCGUCUCUGAAAAGACUGAAGACUAUAAAGACAAACUCUUAGCUCCACUGUCAGAUAGUGAGGCUGAAGACUUGGUUGAAGAACCUUCCAGCAGCGAUACAGGCUGCGAAGAUGACGCGAGGGACAACAAAAAGAAGACCGGAAAAAAAUGUUUUACCUGCUCAGUUUGUGCCAAAAGCUUUAGUCAAAAGGCAUAUUUGACUCGGCACAUGACAACACACACAGGUGAAAAACCAUUUGGUUGUUCAUUCUGCAGUAAAAAAUACAGUCAGAAGGCAAAUAUGGUGAAGCACAUGAAUAGACACACGGGAGAAAAACUCUUUAUUUGUUCAUUUUGUGGCAAAAGCUUCUUUGAAAAGAGAGAUAUGGAAAGACACGCGAGGAUACACACAGGAGAAAAACCCUACAGUUGCUCUGAAUGUGGCAAAAGUUUCACUCAGAAGGGAACUAUGGUAAUACACAUGAGCACGCACACCGGAGAAAAACAAUUCACUUGUUCAGUUUGUGGGAAAAGAUUCAAUCUGAAAUCAAUGAUGGUGCGACACAUGAACACACACACGGGAGAAAAAGCCUUUAGUUGUUCGGUUUGUAGUAAAAGAUUCAUAAAAAAGACAGACGUGGGAAGACACAUGAGAACGCACACAGGAGAAAAACCCUUCAGUUGCUCCGUCUGUAGGAAACGAUUCACUCAGAAGGAAACUAUGGUAACACACAUGCGAACACACACAGGAGAAAAACAAUUUAUUUGUUCAGUUUGCGGGAAAGGAUACACUCAAAAGUCCAUUAUGGUGCGACACAUGAAAACGCACACUGGAGAAAAACCCUAUGGUUGUUCCAUUUGCGGUAAAAGAUUCUUGAAAAAGACCGAUAUGGUAAGACACAUGAGGACACACACAGGCGAAAAACCGUUUAGUUGUUCAGUUUGUGGCAAAAGCUACGUUGAAAAGAGAGAUAUGAUCAUGCACAUGAGUAAGCACUCAGCUUAAUGACCCCUUUGGUUGCGCAGUAUUAAAGGAGCCAUAUGUAAUAAUCUGGCCAGAAAUGGUACUGCAAUUGCAAUCAACAUUCUGUAGUCCCCUCCCCCUCCCCCUGACUGAGGUUGCCAGAUACGCUGCCGAAUCCAGCUCGAUUGACUGGGCUAGCAGUCCAUUUUUGCGCUAAAAGAUUGUCAAAUAGUAGAAGUAAAAAGUGUCAUAUGUGAGAAGACGCUUAAAAAAUGAUCUGCUGUAUGUAUAUUACCAGAAUCUCCCAGGAUUUAAUUGCGUAACUGAUUGGCUGGUGACAACAUAAAUGUGGACUUAUUCCUCUACUUCCUUUUGGAAUACAGAAGUGUACAUCAGUGAUCAUGGAAUUGUCUUUGUUCCGUGACAAUGUUUUAGUGUUGUACAUGCACACAAAAGGCCCGAUUUACCAAAGGUUUGCUGGCACUAAAACACGUGCAAAGCUGAUCUACUAAACAUGUGCAAAGUGAAUCGCGUCUGUUAAGUGAGCGGAAUAGGGCUCGCAAUCCAUUUAGCGUCUCGGUCUUUAUUAAAAAUGUCGAUUAUCCGAAUGCCUACAAUACCAGGAGGGUUUGAUUCAGAUUUUUAUUAAGGAUCCGCAUUAGCUGGUUGCCACAACAACCCACUAGUCUUCCUGGGGUCCACAAACUCAAUACAACUACAAGUAAAACAUAUAAUUCCAUACCUGCCAACUACUCCGGUUUUCCCGUAAUUAGUACGGUUUUCAUCAACCAAUUCCGGGUUACGGUUGCAGUGAUAAAAAAUACGUUUUUUCAUUAAUUAAAAAAAAAAUUUUUUUUUUUAAAGUUUUAUUCACGAAAUCGCGUAACAACAAUGACAAUCGACACUGCUUCCCGUAACUUCCUAUCGAGCCAUUCCGAAUGCCAUGCGCGAGGCUAUUUAUAGCACCGCUGCCAAGCACGAGGCACCAGUUGCCCAUUGUUUCCAAACGAGCGAACGAUCAUGGAAUCAGCCGGAGAAAAAUCGCAAACGAGUCUUAAACCGAAAAGAAAACUGCAGUCAUUCCGUGAAGAAUAUUCAAAAGCCUAUCCGGGAAUAAUUAUCCGUUCCAAAAAGGGUGAAAACUACGCGAAUUGCACCUUGUGCAGACAAGAUUUUUUCGAUCGGACACGGAGGAAUUAGCGAUGUAAAAGACCACGUUGGGACAAAAAAACACAAGUCUAAUGCCGUUGCUAAAUUUGGAUUUUAGCCACAAAAAGGU